UCUUCCCAGCUUGCUGUUUCCCGGGGCUGUUUCCCACUUUAAACAAGUAUAGACUCCAUAUUCUUAUGCAAAAACGGUGUGCAGCGUCAAACAAAUUUACAGUUUAAUAUUAAUAAAAUAGUUGCCAAUGGUCCAACUGGUGUCAGUGGUGCUGUGAACCUUUUCGAAUGAUGUCUGACGAGAGUGCUGAGACUAAGAGUGGAGCUGGGGACAUAAAUGCUGAGCCAGAGUAUUCCGGUCCUACCCUGCAUGAGGAGAGUGAAUUUUUUUGUAAUUUGAUGCUUCUAUCGAGACAGAACCGCAUGUGCUGUUCUGUGGUCAGGAAGAUAAUUUUAUUCGCAUAAAUACCAGUGGCCAGCUCAGUUUAAAUAUUUCAACAAAGUUUGACUUAGGUGAUCAUUACGCAGUAGAGCUUGACACUGGCCCUAUUUAGUUCCGUCAUAAGAAUCGAGCUGGACUCAACUCAAGUAACCAGUUCAAUUCCAACAUGACAACAGAGCUAAACUGCAGUGAUCAGCACGUAAUUACAUCAGUGGCUGGCAGUGGUGAUCCGUUCAAUUCAGACGAUUUAAAAAGUGAGCUUGAAAGUGGUGAUCACGUCUGUUUGAACAUAAGUACCGAGCCAUAUGAACCUUCUGUAUAUGGUGCUGUUGAGGUGAAUGAGCCAGAUAACAUGUAUGGUCUUCCUGGGGACCUAAAGAUAAAAUCGGAACCUGCUGAUGACUAUGGAACUGAGCAAGUUUACACAGUUCCACCAGAUUCAGAAUUGGAAGAAUGGGAGUGCGUUGCAAACGAGACGUUGCCUACAUUUGGGCCUGUUCCAGUUUGUCUUAUACGGGCAGCUGGAAGUCGUGGUCUGUUGAGAAUCAACGUUGAUGACCCACUCCACCCUGUGCCGAGUGGAACAGUGAAAAAGGCUCAUCCUGAAGAGGACAUGGAUGAGAUACCAUACAGUUUUUGUGCAGUCACGGAUGAGGACAAGAACAUUAACCCAGCCAUGCCACCUGAAGAAAACACUGUUCCACCUUUCGACCACAGUGGUGUAAUCAAGUCCGGAAACCACAAGAAUGAGAGCCUUGGGUUGUUUCCAUCUUUGACACAGGAACCUAAGACUGCGAUAAAGAAGAACAACGGAGUACACACAUGCGGCAUCUGCGGUAAAGAUUUCCCUUUGAAAUCGCAUCUAAUUCGACAUGAACGUAUCCAUACUGGAGAAAGGCCAUUUACAUGUGACCAGUGUGAAAAGGCAUUUACGACUCAAAGUAAUCUUGUGCAACAUAGACGUAUUCAUACAGGAGAAAGGCCAUUUCCCUGUGACCUGUGUGAUGACACAUUUGCACGUAGUCGUGAUGUUGUUCAGCAUAAACGCUAUUUUCAUUCUGAGGAAAGACGAGAUUUUACCAGACUUGCAUCAAUUCAAAAAGGAGAGAAACCUUUUGCUUGCGACCAGUGUGAUAAAACAUUCAUCUCUCGAAGUAACCUUCUGCAACACAAACGUCUUCAUUCAGGGGAACCCUUUGCAUGUGACAAAUGCGAUAAGACAUUUACUCGCAGUUGGGAGGUUGCUCACCAUAAACGGAAUUUUCACACAGAAGAAAGACCGUUUGCCUGUAACCAGUGUGAUAAAACAUUCACCAGUCAAAACUUUCUUGCACGACAUAUACGUCUGCAUUCAGAGACAACACUUUUUGCCUGUGAGCACUGUGAUAAAAUAUAUUCAUGCAAUUAUGAUCUUACCCGGCAUAAGCUGAGUCAUUCAGGAGAAAGACCAUUUGCCUGUGACCAGUGUGGCAAAAAAUUUAUCACUGCAAGCAAUCUUGCGCAACAUAAACGUAUUCAUUUGGAUGUUAAACAAUUUGCCUGUGACCAGUGUCAUAAAGCGUUUACAACCAAAGGUGACCUCAAAAGGCAUAAGCGUAGUAUGCAUUCCGAAGAAAGACCCUUUGCGUGUGACCAGUGUGAUAAAGCAUUUAAGCUGAGUAGUAAUCUUAAUCAGCAUAGACAUCUUCAUACUGGAGAGAGACCAUUUUCCUGUGACCAGUGUGGUAAAUCCUUUAAGCAAAGAAGUGCUCUGUCUACACAUACACGCCUGGUCCAUUCAGGGGAACGAAGGUUUGCCUGUGACGAGUGUGAUCAAGCAUUCACCACUCAGAGUUAUCUGUAUCGCCAUAGACAAACUCAUUCAAUGGCCAUGGGACUAUUUUCCUCUGACCAGGGGAUGGUAAAUUUCCAAGGAACAGGGCCUGAGUGUAUUGAAGCUGGAGACAGCUCAUUAGAAAGUUAGACUGGGGUCCUGUCCUAUUCUAAGGACAGUGAAUAUUAUUAUGAACAAAAUCUUGCACGUGAUUGGCCAA